UUAGGGUUCCAUACACACGGUGCGCGCGAUGCAGUUUCUUUUCUCGCCAAAUGGAAUAAACAAACUGCGCGUGGACUUGUUACCUUUCUAGCUAAUGCUAAUAUUUAAACGUUUUUAAAUAUAAUAUUUCGCCUGGAUAAAUAACAGGAUGGGGGACGACACUCCCGAGAGGGAAAUGAAGGAUUUUCAGUUCCGUCAGAUGAAGAAAAUCCGUGUCUUUGCCUCCCCUGAUGAUUUGCCUAGGGGGCGCUCGAGUCUCCUCGCCAUCUCCAAUAAAUUCGGCCUGACGUUUGUCAGCCAGGGCAAAGCGCUCAAGGUGUUUGUUACUGAUGACAUCAUCAGUGCAGGGAAGGUCACUGGAAACCCCAACGAGAUAGUGGAGGGUGUGCAGUGCCAGGCGCUGACCGUUGACCUGCCCGUGCACCACCUUGCUCUCAGCAGUGAUGAGCUCACCCUGUCAGUGUGCGGUGCCAGCGAGGAAGCCUCUCUCACACUAGACUUCUACGACGUCCGCACCUUCUUCAACAAGUCCAGACAGGAUAAGCGUCCGUUCGCGUCCUUUAAAGCAGGCUCCCAGCCAGACACUUUGGUUCAGGAUCUAAAAUGGAGUCCGGUAGAAGCGUUUAGAGUCGCAGCUUGUCUUUCAGAUGGCAGUAUGAUGGUGCUGGAUGUGACAGACAAAAUCGUACCGGUGGCUCAGCUUCCUCCCUCCGUUGGCAUCACCUGCAUUUGCUGGAGUCCUAAAGGAAAGCAGAUUGCUGCUGGGAAACAGGACGCCACCGUGGUUCAGUACACUCCCGAUCUGCAGCAGAAGAAGGUGAUCCCAUGUCCGAGUUUCUACACGGCAGACAAUCCUGUUAAAGUUUUGGACGUGUUAUGGUUAAGUACAUACAACUUCGCCGUGGUGUACGCGGCGGCCGACGGCUCUCCCGAGACUCCGCCCGAACUCGUCAUGGUGUCACUUCCCAAGAAAGACGAGAAGAAAGAGGACAAGUUCCUGAACUUCAGCGACAUCGUGUUCGGGUCGUGCACCGAGAGACAGCAUCACUACUUCCUGAACCACAUCGAGGACUGGGAUCUGAUCCUCGCUGCCUCGGCUGCCUCUAUCGAAGUCAGCAUUAUCGCUAAACAGGAGGACAAGACAAACUGGGAGCUGUGGCUGCUGGAGGACGCGAGCCGAGGGGAACUUCCUGUCACUAUGAACAACGACGACACGCUUCCCGUAGGAGUGGCCAUCGACUACACCAGUCAGGGCGAGAUAUACAUAUCCGACGAGAAGCAGCUCCCGCCGGCUCCCACGCUGCUGAUCCUCUCUACUGACGGAGUGCUGUGUCCUUUCUCCCUCAUCAACGUGAACCCCGGGGUUAAACAGCUGGUCGUGUCCCCAGGCAGCCUGCCUCAGAGCGGAGAGAGACCGCCGCUACAGAAGUCGCUGCCUCUAAUUCAAGCUCCUGCCACAUCCAAACCACCUCCUCCUGUCUUCCCAUCGUUCCAAGUGCCCUCUAUCACCCCUGCUUCCUCUUCUGCCCCUCCUACUACUUCAGCCGCACCAGCAGCUCCGGCCUCUUCCUCCUUGGGUGUUUCCUUCAGUCUUCCCUCCACCACAUCCUCUCUUUUCUCCUUCAGUGCUGCUUCUACCGCCCCUUCGAUCUUUCCCUCUGCAUCAGGCUUCUCUUUCGCAGCUCCUAAACCUGCAAGCGAGGCACCCGGCCUUCCCGCGUUCACCUUCGGCAGUCUCGCCGGCGCUAAACCCCCGACGGAGGGCACUAGUGCCUCGGGGCUCAUGGCUACAGCUACAGCUUCUCCCAUCCCUCUGCUGAAGGGUGGAGCCGAGCCGCCGACGCCUAACGUUCGAGUCAACCUGAAUGAUCGGUUUCUAGCAGCAGAGACUCCCAACAUACACACUCCAUCUUCCCAGCCCUUCUCCUUCACCUCCACUCCCAAACCAGCAGCUCUAGAAUCGAGCGCUCUGCCCAAACAAGCGUUUGCCAUCAACAAACCUGCUGCACCCCCCACAGUGACCCGUCCUGCCCCUGCUCAGAACAGCACUCCAUCUGCCGCAGUGCAGAAAACUGCUCCGGCUCCAACCGCUUCGCCCGCUCCUCCUUCGACACAGCUUUCUUCUGCGAAAUUUGUGGAGAAAAAGAUGCAGCAGACAAAAGACAUCGAUCCUGUGAUCCUCGGAAUACAGGAAGAAAUCUCUCAUUUCAAGAAGGAGAUGGACGAGCUGAAGACACGCGUGAAGGGGGCGGACUUCUGCGUAGGGAGCUCGGACGAGAUGAGGGAGCUACGCAAAGAGAGCGAAGACCUGCACAGGUUCACGCUGGAGAUCAAGGAGACCACAGAGUCCAUGCACGGUGACGUCAGCACUCUGAAGACGACGCUGCUGGAGGGGUUUGCUGGAGCAGAAGAAGCUCGAGCUCAGAGAGAAUUGUACAGAGACAAAGGUUACCUCCAGCUCCUGUACAAGAAACCACUGGACCCACGUACUGAGAGCCAGCUCAAGGAAAUCCGCAGGUUGUACCAGUACGUCAAGUUUACCGUGGAGGACGUUAACGACGUGUUAGACCUGGAAUGGGAAAAACAUUUGGAGAAGAGGAGAAAACAGAAAUACAUGAUUGUCCCUGAGCGAGAGGCUCUUUACACAGCUCUGGCCAACAACAUGGACAUCAUCAACCAGCAGAAACAGAAGCUGGAGCAUCUGGUGAGAGACCUGCAGAGCCUGAGACUCUACAACAAAACCUCCAGUCAGCUCUCAUCCACCUCCUCACCAUCACCUUCAUCAUCCUCACAGGGUUUGGAUAGCGAGCUGGAGAGUCUGAAAAACGCCUUGUUGAAGGCGAGUCUGGAUACGGCACCCAAAGCUUCUUCUAAAUCUCCAUCUAAGAUGACGCCAGUGAAGCAAUCUCAGCUGAGGAACUUCCUUUCCAAGCGUCAGACUCCACCUGUACGAUCCACAGCUCCAGGUAACUUAUCGAGAUCAGCUUUCCUCUCCCCCAAAUACUUUGAGGAUCUGGACGACGUGAGCUCCACCUCGUCUCAGUAUCAGCCUCCUGAGUGUGAUGACUCGCUGUCUGUGCCUGAGGAAGUGGAAGUGCCUCAGCCUGUCCCGAACCCCCCGAGACACCCGGCCGUAGUGCGCACUUCAUCCAUUCUGCCUCGGUCCGUCAUGGAGUCGGUGCCGUCGUUCCCCGGAGCGAUGCAGUGGUCAGGGAUCAGCACUGGACCUCACACAGUUCCUAAGAUAAACAUGGACAGCGCUGACAGCACAGCACUGGCCACAAAGACAGUGACACAUGGACCUCCUCCUACAGAAAAAGCCGUGUGUCAUGAGAAGACCACGCCCACUGCUCUUCCCCCGGCUCAGGCUGCAGGAAGAGCCGCUUUAAACCGACACAUGAACAGCCAAACCCCAAUUGCAAAUCUGACUGAACUCACACUGAAGAACGUGCCUCAGGUUGUGAACGUACAGGAGCUGAAGGAUAACGGAGCCCCGGCGCCUGUUCCCACUGACCCCAGCAGCUCCAUUUCUUCAUCUGCAGAUCAAACAUUUCAGCAGGUUCUGGCAAGCGUGGAGGCUAAAAAAAACCCCACCCAGAGCGCCAUAAAGGUUCAUGCUCCGGUCCCAGACGGCGCUCCGGCUCAACCUGGCUUUGUGUUCAGUCAGCUAACCAAACCUGACACUGCUGCACCAUUCAGCUUGUCUUCAUCCCUGGAAGCCCAGAACAGCAAAGGAGUAUCACCUGCAGGAUUCCCCUUUAACCUGAGCACCACAUCAUCUCAAUCCCAAGGAGCGAGUUCCUCUCAAAGUGUGACCCAGGUGGGUAAAAUACCACUGAAACCUGCUGCUUCUGCACAGAACUCGAUGAGCGAACCGGGCAAAAGCUCCACGAUUCCCUCGUUUCAGGCUCUCAAAGCUCAAGAAGAUUCUCUCGGCCCCUUCCUCGAUCUCAGAGUUGGCCCAGGAGAUGAGGUUAAAGAAUCUCCAAAGCCCAGUACGACCUUCACCUUCAAGCCACAAAGCGUAGCUCCUGGCACAGCGUUCACGUUUGGAAACCUUACGAAACCUGCCGCCGCUGGAAUCAACCCGGAGACCAGCAGCUCUACGUUAGAGGCGUCUAAAAAUCCAGGAAUUUUUAAGCCUCCUGAAAGCACAGAGUCAUCGCUGACCAGCAAAAAAUUCUCCUUCACGCCUUCAUCGUCUGCGUCCGUGCCUUCCUUCAGCUCCCUGCUCGCGACUCCUCUUCCUAAAGAAACGACCCCCGUAACCGAGAAAGCUCCUGAACCUGAACCUUCUCCUCCACUCGAGUCGGUUUCUACCGCUACACCCGAAGAACCUUCUUCAGAACCGAGUGCUGAAGCUUCUGCGAUUUCUACAUCCACUCCGUCUCCAGCGUCCGUCACAGAAGAACCUCCGCCUUCACAAAUCAAACACGAAGAGCCUGAAACUCCGGCGAUACAGACCGCAUCUGUUCCCCAGGCCACGCCCACAUCCGUGCAAUCCGUGGCUGAGACGGUGCCCGUGACGGCAUCGAAACCCGUCCAGGAAACGACGCCUGCUACCACAGUUAGUGUAGAACAACAACAACAACAACAACAACCAGCAGCAGAACCAGCAGCUCCACCUCCACCCUCCACCACUCCAGGAUCUAUCUUCACCCAGCCAGCUGUGAGCUCCAACAGUACAACGUUACCAGUCACCGUCUUCACCCCAGUCAUCAGUACAGCAGCCGCCGGCGUAUCUGCUCCGGCUCCGACCUCAGUGUUCUCUCAGGCGAUCAGCACCUCCUCCACCCCUGCGUUCGGAUCUUCGGGAUUCGGCGUUCCUUCCACCACUUCCAAUUUUGGGAAACCGGUUUUCGGACAGCCGACGUCUGUGGGAUUCCCCACAGCUGGCAGCUUCAGUUUUAACCAGUUUGCGUUCGGGGGCAGCUCCGGGUUCGGACAGACGGCCACACCGAGCACGGCUCCUGCUCCGGUAUCCAGCAGUGGAGGAGGAGGAGGAGGAGGGCUUUUUGGAUCUGUUAGCACCACCAGCGCCAGCUCCUUCUCGUUCGGGUCGAACAGUACCGGUUCUGGAGCGAAUGCCGGGACAAACAUCUUUGGGCAGAACAGCGCUCCUGCUUUCGGGCAGAGCAGCAGCAGCACCUCGACGUUCGGACAGGGAUCCUUAUUCGGAGGGAACACGACCACGACGACCGUGUCUUCUGGAUUUGGAUUCGGACAACCUGCUAUGUUCGGCAGCACCUCUUCUUCAUCUGUGUUUGGUCAGCAGCCGAGCACCAACAGCGUCUUUGGCCAGCCGUCAUCAGGUGGAGGUUUGUUCGGCUCCGGGGCCCCCAGCUCUUCUAGUGGAGGAUUUUUCAGCGGUUUGGGAGGCAAGCCGAGCGAAGACGCCGCCAACAAAAACCCGUUCGGAUCCACUAACGCCGGCGCUUUCGGUCAAACCAAUCAAACUGGUGGGAGCCUUUUCGGGAACACCGGUGCGAAGACGUUCGGGUUCGGAGGCGUCACGUUUGGAGAGCAGAAGCCCAGUGGGACGUUCAGUGCCGGAGGGGGUUCUGUAGCCGCUCAGGGCUUCGGCUCCUUCUCCACUCCUGCUAAAACAGGUGGGUUUGGAAGCAGUCCAGCCUUCGGAAGUCCUCCUGCGUUCGGAGGAUCUCCGGCGUUUGGAGGUCAUGCUACUUUCGGCUCGGCUCCAGCUUUCACCAGUCCUCUGGGCUCCACCACAGGGAAAGUGUUUGGAGAGGGAACGUCAGCGUCCAACGUCGGGGGAUUCGGCUUCGCGUCUCCCCCCAGCGGCCCCACCUUCGGCAGUCUGGCCCCUCAGAACAACACCCCGACUUUCGGAGGUUUGGCUCAGCAGACUCCGGGAUUCGGAGGUCAGAGCGCCGGCUUCUCAGGCUUCGGUCCUUCCGGAGGUUUCGGGGGCUUCGUGAAUACGAACACCAACCAGUAAGAGAUGAGAGAGAGAGAGAGAGAGAGAGAGUCAUCCAUCCACCUCCACCCAGACAGCAGGAUAAACAAUAGCAACAACAGUGUCAACAUUUUUCUGUCUUACUGGUGCUUCAGUGCUGUAUAUGUGUUGUUGGUUUUUGUUUGUUUGUUUUAUUUUUUAUUUUAUUUUUUUCGUUUUUCUCUGUGAUCGUUUUCCAAAUGCCGGAGCAGAGGAUGUGUAAUGGGGCAUUUCGCUCCCACUCACUUCUUAUCUUUCUCUUGUUAGGAAUAACGAGCUGCUGCAGUGUUCAGGUCACGCAGUGUGACUCACAGACUUCGUACCUCCUCAUGUGAUGCUUCAGAAGUCAGUUUGUCUGUGUUUUUUUUUUUUAUUAUUAUUUAUUUAUUUAUUUAUUUUCCCAGGACCAGGGCCAUGUUUCACUCCUGAUGUGUUUGAGCGAGUGUGAAAAUGGCAGCGAGGGGGUUUUUAAUUAUCCUGUUUUCCAUCAGAAACUCCUAAUUAGCGUGCGAGCGUCAAGUUAAUGGGUUGCGGAGGAAAUAAACGAACAAGAAGCAGCUUUUUGUUUUCAGAGCUGCGGCAGAGCGAUCUGUAAUAUUGGUCGAGUAUUAUCAAAAGUUGUCCUCAGCAUGGCAGGAAAACACCGCAGCCUGAAAAACCAUAAACACGCUAAUGACUCCAGCUUUCUACCAACUACGAUGUCGUCCUGCAUCACACUGACUCAUCAUCAUCAUCAUCAUCAUCAUCAUUAUUAUAAUCUCAGAACCUGAUGCUUUUUUUUAGCUCAGAAGUUCGAAGCCAUUCAAAAGAAACACUGUUUAAUGUUCAUCGUUUCUCAGUAGCGUGUUGUGACGUCGUAUCUCACGAUAUCGCUCGACGGAAGACUCGCUAGGUCUCAAAACGUUCAGGAAGCGUGAGGGAUCGCGGCCCCUGUGGCGUACGUCAUACAUCACACACACAUACAACACACACACACACAUGGUCUGCACUUACACUUACCAGAAUUUAUGUUUGCUAAAAAAUGUAUUCGAUUUAAUUGAUUAUUUGAUUUAAAGCAAGAUCUCGAUGGAUGCUGACGAUUUUUACACCGGCGCAAAAAAUAAAUAAGGAAAUCAAUCAAUCAACCUACUGACUUUCUUGUACAUCUGCGAGCAUAAAAAACACACACACACACACACACGACCAGAGACGACAAGAAUCGUCCUGUUACUAUAAACAACUCUUUAGAUGUUAUAUUGAUCUGAUCUGAUCUGAGGUCAGUUGUACUGUGUAGAAUUUGAGUGAAUUAUUGUUCAGAAAAGGAACAAAGGAGAACAUAGGCAAGAAUAGCGUGGACUUUUUUUUUUUUUUUUAUACUGUAGCUCUAAAUGACCUGGAUAAAAAAGCCUUAGUGUGGCGUGAGGCUUAAAGAGUGUUUGCUGUUCGUUACAGACUGAGACAGGUGAACGUCAGCCGCUAACGGCUUUCUGUAUAUUUAGCUCGGCGCCGAGGAACGCUAGCCGUCUGGGAUUAUCCGAGCGACUAACUUUAGCUAAAAUAACACGUCUAUCUAUACGUUAAAAUAAACUCAUUUUUAUUCGGCAUCUCGAGUUGAACAGAAUCUUUCAGAGGUUGAUUUUUGGUGUUUAACGUGAAACAUCAGACGGCCGAGCGACGAGUCGUGUAACUCGGGUCGAUCUGUUGCUUCCUCCGUGAAGAUCGCCAUAACUUUUUUUGUCAGACUUUUUGUUAAGACCCAAACGUCUGAGUUUCUCACAGCCGCUUGCUGCGUCACACAGGAAACAGCCACUUUUACCGCUCGUGCUGUGACUUUUAUCGUCUCCGUGCUCUGUGUAGCAGAGUCAUGACCGGAAUUUGAAGCCGCUUAUGUUAAAGUACGCAGAUAUACGUCGCUAUAAAUAGCCGAAGGUCCUCGAGUCGUCGGCGAGUGUUGUGUGUGUAUAUGUGUGUGUUCGGAGGCAUAAAGAAUUUAAAGAGCAUUAGUGGUUGCGUUUUAAAUAUCAGCCAAGAGAUCGUUACGGCGACGUUCUCAUGCUCUCUGUCCAUCGAUCUGUUUCACCUGACACACGUUAAGACUACGAUCUGUGAAAUUUUCUAUUCUCUGUCUUUCUAAAGUGAGUUAGUGUUUAAAAUCCGAUUUCAGUUUCUAUUAUACUUUUAUAUCCGUAUGUGAUUCUUACACGAUUCAUUUAUUUUCACAAUUCGUUUUUUUUUUUUACACAUUUGAUUCUUACAUGAUUCAUUUAAAGCACUUUCACUUCUGCUGGAUGUCUGUGUUUCCUCUGAAGCGAGGUUUUUUUUUGCAGUAUUAUUUUAGAGGCUGACAUCCAAGAAACCUUCAGCUUUUUUUUUUCUCAACCUGCUUCACGCAUGCGCUUGAUGCAAAUCACCCACAAAAUUGAUUCACUUCCUUUUUGUUUUAUUUCACUUCCUCGUUUCCACUCAUGCCUCUUGUCCCUUUCACCUUUGUGUCGAGGCUGAUCGAUCGUGUAACCGUAAAUUCCACAUAACAGAAGUUACAAACGAGCUGAAACUUAAUUACAAACGAUUCAUUUAUUUCCACAUGUGACUCUUACAAACGAUUCGUUCCUUUCCUCAUGUGACUCUCACACAGUGUUCUGUGAUAUGUACGUGAUUUCUUUUUGAUUAUGUUGGAUAAAGAAAAGACCCACAAAA